GUUUUGCAUGGAGUUUAGGAAAAGGUGAAAUUGUAUGGACGAUGCUUACGUACAAGAAAGAGGAGUAAUGUGAAUCAUUCAAUGUUUUCCUUAGAAGGAACUAAAAGUUUGUUUUGUGAUGACCCAAAAAAGAAAAUGGAAGUUUAUUUUGGGUCGGUGAGAGCAUUAUUGUACAAAAUAUAUUGAGUUACUUUGUGGUUGAUAAUGAAUAUUGAUUGUCUUUUUUAUAUACAAAGUAAUAGCUUUCUCACUUAUAGCUAGGAUAUAUUUUACUUUCUAUUGUGGAAUUUUGACAUGUAAAUGGAUAAUGUGACCAGUAAGGGAGAGAGAUCAGACACGAGGACUAGAUAUUGUCUUCCACUACAAUUGGAUCCCCACACCAUUAGACAAUUAUUUGGUUUUAUUGUUCCUUACCACAUUCUUACUCUUUCUUUUCCAGCAGUGCAACGAAGUGUUUCCAGUUAGCAACAAUUGAAAAUACAAACAUAAAUUAAGUCCGUACUCUGUUGCACCCUGGCGGGUGAUUGAACAGUUAUAUAAGUUGGUCUGUUGGGUUCACAUGCAGAAUUUGUUGGCCAUCAUGGGACGAGACAAGAUUUAGCUGCCAUUGUUGUUUUUGUUGGUCAAAACGGGUCCGCUUGUCUGUGUGGGUUCAGGGGACCAUGUAUUAUUCUUGCCUUGCUUCUUCUUUCAUUAAUGUUUCUUUAUAGGUAAAAGGAGAGACCAUAAAGCCUUGGAAAAGCUUCGGGCUGAACGGCAAGCCAAGAUUGACGAGCUUAAAGAGAAGACAAAUUAUUAUAUUACACAGCAGCUCAUCCAGAGGUAUGACCCCGACCCAGCAGCCAAGGCAGCAGCUGCUACUGUGCUGGCAUCCAAGCUAGGUGCAGAUAGUGAGUUGAAAGUCCAUCUAGGAGAUGAUGAGCCCAAGACAAAUGCCCCUAGUGGAAGCGGCAGUGGUGUUGAAUCCAGUGGGCUUCGACACCGAAAGCAGAAGCAGACCACAUCUCAUAGCCCCAAGGGUGAAGCACUUGCACAACUUCACGGUUCUGGUGGGAGUGAGUAUCCCAAGCAGGAAGUUGGGCCUUAUAAUCCAAGCCCACAAGAGGGAGGGUGGCUAGCACGUCUCGCUGCGUUGCUUGUGGGGGAGGAUCCAACACAAUGUUAUGCACUUAUAUGUGGGAACUGUCAUAUGCACAAUGGCCUUGCUAGAAAGGAAGAUUUCCCUUACACUACAUACUAUUGCCCACAUUGCAACACUUUGAAUGGGCCUAAGCACACUCCGAAUAUUGUCGCAUCAGAUUCCAGCCUAUCCCAUUUGAAGACCUCUCCCCACAUGGCUGAGGCCACUGUGAUCGAAAGCCCAACUGCCCCUAUUGUUGUAGACAAUAAUAGCGAUGUCUCGGAUUCCAGCCCGCACUCUUCUCUUCCUCCUGGAAAUGAUCCGUUGCCGGUGAUAGAAAGUGAUGAUGCACCAAUAUCUUAGAGUCUACAACAACUAAGAUAACAAGAGAGAGAGAGAGAGAGAGGGAGCAUAUAUACUCCAUAUAGUUUGUUCUUUAAGAGCCAAUUUGAAUUAUGUAACUUCUUGUGGGCUCUUUAUGCGUGGGAAGCAAAGAAAUGGUAUUUACGAGGGGCAAAGUACUCAGGAAGGUAUAGAUAGAUGUACUAUCUAAAAAUGUGCAAUUUAAUCAUUUUAUUCAAAAUUGACGACUUAGUCUCUGUA